AUGUUAUUAUUAUUUUUGUUGUUCAUUCCAUCAUUUACAUUGUAUUGCUGUAUUAAUAUAUAAUCUAAUUGAGACUAGAACAACUAAACCAUAUAUGCAUCAACAUACGAGAGAAAGGAAUGGGAUUUGAAUAGAUUCUUUUAUGGUGAAGAUCUCACAUUUUCAUUAAAUGGGAAUGAGGAAAAUUUCGAUAUUCUUCCAUUACUUUAACCUUUAGAGGGUACUCAAAUGGAUUUAAGUAGAUAUAACAUAUAUCAAUAUUAGGUAAUGUUACACUAAUAGAUGUUAAUUCAAUGAAGAGAGGAGAAUUCGAAACAAAUUAAAUGGCUAUUUUAAUAAAGAAUGAAUCCAUUUAUUAAAUAAGAUAUCCAUCAAUCAAUACUGUUUAUUUUGAAACAGAUUAACCAUGUUCUUUUGUUAGAGUGAUAUAAUAAGAUAUAAUCUUAUUAGCAGAUACUAGAAAAUUUUGGAUUGCAAAAUAAUCUAAUUAUUACUAAAUUGAUAGUUUAAUCUUAAAUAUUGAUGUAGAAGAUCGAAAAAUUCUAAUUGUCUCUAAAAAUGAUGUUCAAAUUUAUUAUUAUAAUGAUUCUUUCGAUUACUUUAAUGCCAUUAUUAAUUAAACAAUGUUAAAAACUUUAAUGCCUUUUGCAAAUAAAUCAUUUGAAAUUAUUGAUGCUUAAUUGGCUAAUUAUAACUAAUUAGUUCUUUUAGAUAAAUUUUAUGGAGUCAUUAUUUUAGAGAGUAUUACAUUAGAUUAAUUUUCAUUGAUACAUCAUCAUAAUUACUCUUAUUAUACUACUUAUAAUGCUAUGAGUCUUUUAUUUGAAGAUAUAAGUUAUUAAAUUGUUGUUACUGCUAUGUAAAAUUCCAUUUUUGUACUCUCUUCCACUCAAGUAGAUUAUUUUUAUUGGAUAAAUUAAGUCAACAUAACUUAAUUUAAUAUAGCUGCUUUGAGAGUAAAUAGUUAUUAAAAAUAUUUCUGUUUUUAUAAUUCAACUUAUCUGAGUAUUUAUAAUCUAGUAAGCAUGAUAAAAGUGUCAUAAAAAUCAUUUGAAAAACCAGUUUUAUUAGAUUUUAAUUAUUUGCGAGCAAAUAUUUAUCUUUUGACUGAAGAUAUGCAAUAAAAUUAUUAUAUCUCUUUUCCUAUGUUAAUAAUGAAACCAUUCACUUAACCUUCGAAUGAAUUUUUAAAACUUUAAGUUAUUGCCACAGAAGAAUCCUAAUGUGUAUUAACAUUAAAUUAUAUCAUUUAUGAUUAUUUAGAUAAUAAUUUGUAUUAAAAGUCUAAUGUUAUCAAUUAAAUAAAACCAUUAGUGAAUUAUCCAACAUAUCCAUAAGUUUCUAUCUUUAAAGAAUUAGGAGUUACUGGUUCAAAUAUUAAUGCAAAUAUAUAUCUUAAUGAUUAGAGUAUAAAAUUAAAAUUAGGCUAUUUGGAAGAUUUAAAAGUUGAUGGUAUUAUAUGGCCUGAGAAUAUGCUUUUUGUUAGUAUAUUUUAUAGCGGAAGUUUCACUUAUUAUGUAAUUUAAGUGGAAAACUUAAAAGCCACCUUAUAUCAAUGCAAAGAGUUCAUUAUUAAUUAUUAAUUAUAAUGUUAAAAAGUUUAAGAUUUUAAUCCCAAUAGACAAUUGGAUCAUGACUCAUUUUAAUGGAUCGAAAGGGAAGUUGUGAUUUUUGGAUAUAUUUCUAAAUUUAGACAUACAAUUGAGAUAUUCUAAUUGAAAUAAUCAAUUGUCUCUAAAUUAUUUGUUAUCUCUACAAGUUUGAAAGAUGAAAAUUCAUUAAUAAAUUCAUUUUGUUUAACUGAACAAUUGAUAUUUGUAGUACUAGAAAAGAAGAAAGAAAUACAUGUUUAUUCAUUAUAAGAUAAAGAAUAUAUCUAUACAAUCAAAUAAUCAGAUGUCGAGCCUUAUUAAUUAAGUCCAAAAUUUGUGAGAGUUGACAAAUAAUAGUAUUUGAUAAUCAUAGCUAAUUAAGAUUCUUUAAUUGCAGGAUUCUUAUAUAAUAAAUUUUUUGUAGUUUAUUACCAGUCUUUUCCAGAAUGUAGAUAAAUUGAAGUAGGUCUAACAAGUUACUCAAUAUUUGUAGCUUUACAUUUUGGUCACUAAUAGGAACUUAGAGAAUAUAGUAUAAAGAAAAGAUAAGUAUCAUUUUUGAAGAAAAUCCCACUGUUCCAUUACAUCCUAUAAACUCCAUUGUAGAUGAUGUCAUCAUUGGAUUAAAUAAUAAUCAGGGCAUACACUCCAGUUCUACAAUAAACAGUAUUAUUAGUGUAUUAACCAGAUACAAAUUUGAGGGAGUCUCUAGUAACUCAUAUUCCAUUAGGUGAUUAUAUAAAGGAUACAUUAAGAUUAGGAAUUACAAAGGUUUAUUAUUAUGGUUUAUUGAUACAUGCUAGUUCUAAAUUUGGGAUAAAGAAUUUGUUAGUUUAUAGAAAUUUUUAAGCAGUUAUUUCAUCAGAAUGGAAUGAUGAAUAUAUUCAUAAAAAAGAAUUAUUAAUACAUUAUGAUUCCAUUGAUUCUCCAGAACAAAUAGAAUUUAAAUAGAAUGUAACAUUUUUGAAUUUAAUGACAAAUAUUUUGGCAACAAUAAGUAAUGAGAGUUUGUUAAUUAAUUAAGCAGCAAUAAAAAUAUCUAAUGAUUGGUUUAAAGGAUAGAUAAUUAAGUAUUAGGCUGAAUGUUAAUAAUGUUAAGAUUAAAUUCUACUUACAUAAAAAAUUGAUUUGAUUUAGAGUUUAGAGUAUUAUUCAAGCUUUUUAGAUGAAUGUAAAUUAGAUGAGGAUUAUUUUGUUUUUAUGACUACAAAUCAAUUGAUAUUUUUGGAUUCUGCUCAUUAUGUAAAACAUCCAGCUUUCUAUUUCAACUUAGAUCUCUAAUUUACACCUUAGAAAAUAUGGUGUAAAAAGGAUACAAUAUUAAUUACUGGUUAAACUACGACAUUCUAAGGUUUUCUAUAGAUGGUUAAAUUUUAAGAUUAAUAAUAUUAAAUGAUUGGGGAACCUUUUUAAAUCAAGCUGAAUAUAUAACUUAUUUAAUUAGAUAUAUUAGAUGAUGGCAAUUUUAUAAUAUUGGAUAGUCAUUAAAUUAUCGGAGGAUAUAUGUACUACACUGCUAAAAUAUGUGCUUAUCAUUAUGAGUUUACCCCUCCUAUAACUGUAUCAUAUACAUAAACUUCUUGUGUAGAUUCAAGAAAAUACAGAGAUUUUUAUGCAUCCAGUUUCAUCACUUAUAAAAUUAAUAAUAAAUAUAGAGUAUUCUUGAGUGAUUUAUAAUAAGGUUUGUUCAUAUAAGAUUUUCACUAUAUUGAUAGUUCAUUUUAAUUUAUAACAGCAGAUUAUGCUCUUUAUAGAGUAUCAUUGAGAUAACCUAUAGAAUAGAUGAUGGGAUUAAAUAUUGAUGAUGAAGUACGAUAUCUAAAAGUGAUUCGUAAUGGAGAUCCAUAAAACAAUUUUUAAAUUUUUAAAAUGAUUCUUCUAACUAAUUCAAUAGCUCAUUUGUCGCUAGUGUUGUAUUUUGAGGAUGAUGUAUAUUAGAAACUAAUUAUAAAUGAAAUGUUUUAGAGAUACUCUGAUUUUGAUGUAUAUUAUGAUGCUUCCUUAGAGAAAGAUUAUUUAGCAUUGGCUUAUUAAGCUAAAUAUUAUACAAUAUGUAUUUAUAAAUUGGGUUAGAAGUAAUAUCCAAAUUUAAAUUUAAUGAUUGGAGGAGUUGAAAUAGUUUAAUCUUAUCCAAAUUAAUUUUUUUCACUUCAUAGUGAUGAGAAUGGAUAGACACUGUUAUAAUUAAAUAAAGAAAAUAAAAAGCUGAAUUUAUAUGUGGUUGAUGAAUAUGCUACUCUUUCUUUUCUUGGGAAUGCCACAGAAUAACCUAUUACCUUAACUGCAAUUAAUUAACUUACAUAAGCUUCUAUUAUUCUAAAUGUUUAGAUGAGUACUGUUGUUCUCACUAAUUUGUAAAUUAUUUAAUUAUGUUAAUAUGUAGAUAUUGGAUAUUGUUAACCAUUUUGUUUUGUGUUUUAUUUUUCUUGGGUCUCUUAGCUCUCAUUGUAUACUAGAAACAUAAGGGAGUCAAGAAUCAAAUUAAAUAGUAGAGCAAAAGAAAAAAAGGUGAUGUCUUCUAUUUACAUAAUUAAUAAUGA